CUCGUCGCCUGCAACUCCUCCGUUAUUAUCGCCAUUCACGUCACAUCCAUCUUUCAUGAUGCUUCAAUCAUCGACGGCUUCGACCCCCGAGGACUAGAACUGAUCCGUUGUUGAUCAUCGCUUUUGCAUGCGCAACCACCACAAUCAGCAUCUCCUCCGCCACCGAAUCUAUGUGUUUGCGUAGCUUCCGGAGUAGGAAUUUGGGUUUGGGUGUUCUGGAUGCAUCUUGCGUCCUGGAUAAAUGCUCGUUCGCGGGGAUCUAAGGUUUUCGGACCUGAUCCUGGUCUUCUUCUUCUUCUUCGUCUUUCCUGUCCUCGGCCUAGGCUUCUUCGUACGUCGGAAAUGGAGGCUUGCCGUCGCCAGGAGGGAGGAUAUCAUGAGACGCGCCGUUUUGGCAUCCGAAGAGGCCGUGAGGGCUGAGCUCGAGGCUGCUGCCGAGUUUGGCGUUGCAGUCUCCGUCUCCGUCGCUCGGCCGUUUCAAUGCGCAGUCUGUUACUGCCCCACCACCACACGUUGUUCUCGUUGCAAGGCCGUGAGAUACUGCUCUGGUGAGUGUCAAAUUAUUCACUGGAGACAAGGGCACAAGGAUGGAUGCCAUCCUCCAAUCACCCCCAGCAACUUCAAUGAUGGAGGGAGUGAUUCUGGUCAAAAGGCAAUAUUUGGAAAACAGUGCGAGUUUUCUGAUGACAAUUUGGAGAUUGAAGGCAGACACAUCAAACGAACAGAAUCCUCAAUAGAAGAACCUGCUCCUUCUGAGUUUAGUUGCUCAUCUGAAGUUCAACAUAGAAGGGAUGAUAAAAUUGAACCGCUUAUUGAUGCCAAAGCAACAGACAGCAAAUCUGAAUCUUCUAUUGGCUCCUCAUUGGCAGGCUUCUCUACAUCCACUGGCACCUAUGCAACAGUAGUUGAUGUUUUUGACUGUGAGUUGCCUAUUUUGAGCACAUCUGAUGGAUCAGAGGGACAUCAACCCAAGGCUGAUAAGCUUGAGAAUAUCCCAGAUGUUAAGGAUAUGGAGCCAAUUAUAUUACUACCCUCAGAUUUUCCUAGUUCGGUCAAUUCUGUAAAUAGUUCUUUUUCUAAUAAAUUAAAGCAGAAGAAAUCCAGUGUUGCUGCUGGAGAGGAUUACUGCAACUCAGCUAUUUAUUCAGAUUCAAGCUCAAUAUGUUCUUUGGAUUCAAGCAGCAAUGGACGUUUGACUGCUGAGUCUACAGCUUCUACUGAUAUCUGGGGUGCAGCUCUAGAUUCAAGUAAAUCUGCUCAUUCUAGUGUCAGUGAAGAUGCUGAUGACAUUUUAUGUAAUUCCCGUUCUUUCUUAAGCUCAAUGAACUUGCGAGGGAAUACUGAUACUUCCUUUCCUUCACAAUCUUCAAUGCCCAAGACAGUCAUGUCUAGUGGUGCUUCUCCAACAAUGUUUAGGAAUAGAACUCCAGCCACUAGAGCUACUCCCUCUUGUAAGAUGGUUACAGAUGUGCCUAGGGUAAGUAGCUUUCCAGCCUUGAACUCUGAAGAGUCAAAUUCUGCGGUUAAUGGAAGCAACAAUGACACACAGCUAUUGAAGUCUAAAACGUUUAGGUCUUUAUCAUCUUCUGUUUCUAAUCCUCCACCUUCUCGAACGGGUGCUGAUUUUGUUCCAACAAUGAAAUCUAAAAAGCUUGAAACUAGUGUUCAAAUGGUACGUAAUGGUUUGCCUGAGGUUGCAGGUUCUUUACCGAAUGUUGGUAACUUAAAAACUUCAAUGUGGAGAGUUGUGCAUCAAUUUAGAGCCUCAAAAAUCUCAGUAUACAAUCCAUUAGGAUCUGGUACUGAGGUUGCUGGAAAAUACAAUCAAAAGAUGAUCUUUCCAUAUGAACUAUUCAUCAAACUUUACAAUUCAGAUAAAUUGGAACUGCGUCCCUUUGGCCUGACAAACUGUGGUAACAGCUGUUUUGCUAAUGCUGUACUCCAGUGCCUGUCAUUUACUUUGCCUCUUACCGCCUAUCUACUUCAAGGACUCCACUCUAAAGCAUGUCCAAAGAAAGUGUGGUGUUUCACCUGUGAGUUUGAGGAUUUAAUUCUGAAGGCAAAAGAGGGGAAAUCUCCACUGUCCCCGAUUGGGAUACUCUCACAAAUACAAAGCAUUGGCAGUCAUCUUGGUUGUGGUAGAGAAGAAGAUGCCCAUGAAUUUUUAAGGUAUGCUAUUGAUGCAAUGCAAUCUGUUUGCCUGAAGGAAGCUGCGGUUAAUGCAGUAGACCAAAUGGCCGAAGAGACAACUCUUGUAGGCCUACUAUUUGGGGGUUACCUUCGAUCUAAGAUAAAGUGUAUGAAAUGCCAAGGCAAAUCUGAGCGGCAUGAACGGAUGAUGGAUCUUACUGUUGAGAUACAGGGGGACAUUGGAACCCUCGAAGAGGCUCUAUCAGGGUUUACGGCCACUGAAACAUUGGAUGGAGAGAACAAGUACCACUGUGGGAGAUGCAAAUCCUAUGAGAAAGCGAAAAAGAAGUUGUCAGUAUUGGAAGCUCCUAAUAUCCUUACUAUUGUUUUAAAGCGAUUUCAGUCUGGUAAAUUUGGAAAGCUCAAUAAGUUGGUUAAGUUCCCAGAGAUACUGAAUUUGGCUCCAUAUAUGAGCGGGACAAGUGAUAAAUCCCCAUUAUACCAGCUUUAUGCAGUGGUGGUUCACUUAGACAUUAUGAAUGCUGCAUUUUCUGGUCACUACGUGUCUUAUGUUAAAAAUUUCCAGGGAAAGUGGUUCAAGAUUGAUGACAGCACGGUAACACCUGUUGAGCUUGAGAAGGUCUUAUCAAAGGGGGCAUACAUGCUUCUUUAUGCAAGGUUCUCACCACGGGUCUCAAGUUUGAGUAGGAAAUCAGUGAUAUCUACUGACAGCAAAAUGAAAAGCGGCAGAUGCUCAGAAGCUGUUAACAAUGGAAGAAGUACCACAUCCAAGUCCAGAAUUAAUAUGGUUCCUAGCAGUGGCCCUGCAAUGGCACAUAGGGUGACUGAAGGCUACCCUUCCUGGAUGACUACCGAUGGUGCUGCCAGCUUUGAAUCAUUUGAUUCUGAUGAAGGCAGGUUCCAUCUGAUGCACAGGAUACAUGAAGUGGAUUCAUUGAGUGACAAUUCUUCCCUCUUCAGCUGCUCGGAUGCCGGCUCUUGCAGUACUGAAAGCACGAGAGACUCGACCAGCACCGAUGAUUUCUCUGAUUACAUUUUUGGGGAACUAGGACGCAGUUGGAAUAGUCCAAGGGUCUCGUCAGACUCGGAUGGUUCUUCCUCCCCCUUGUGCUCACUUUCUCCCCAGGUGAACUUGAAGAGACAUGAAUUGGAUUCUCCCAACACUAGUGGGUAUGAGACUCACAUUAUGGAUUCAGUGCCGGAGGCUAAUAAAGUUUGGAUGAGGCACCCUCAAGGGAGCAGUAGGAAAGAGAAUUUGCAAGGGAAGGGAAACCCUCCCUUUUCACAAUCCGACACAACUAAACAGUGUAGAAAGUCCACAAACCGCUGUAGCAAUAGUAGUAGAUGUAGUAGCUGUAGGGAGACUAACUCAAAGAAAUUAGGUUGGAUUAACCAUUUCGAUGUGAGAUCUGGUGUAUCAUUGAGAAGAUCUACUAGGGAAAGAACUACCCAAACAUUUUAUUAA